CUUAGUCCUAACGUAGUGUUUUAUUAAAAUUGAAUAUCAUGUAAACUUUGCUUUAUUUAAGACAGUAUGAAAAUUUGUGACAGAACGUCAGCUGUUUAUAAUGGGAUAAUUUACUUAUUUAUUUGUGCGAGUCAGAUAACGUAUAUUAUACGGUAUGUUAUACAUUCUCUGGUGCGAGUAAACAAGCCAUAUUUUGAAGAUAUUCAAAUGAAGAAUUCCGGCGGAAAAGGCUGGGCUGCAGGCCUCAUUUCGACUAUACAAGAUGCGAAAAACUAUAUAAUUUCCUCGGAAGAAGCUGUAGUGAUACAUGAUAAAUAUCCAAAGGCAAGACAUCAUUAUCUCGUACUACCAAAAGCAGAUAUACCGGACAUAUUCCAUUUAGAUUCAAGUCAUUUAGUCCUAUUGGAAGAAUUAUAUUUGCUUGCACAAAAUGUUAUUGAAGUGAAACAUGGUCAUUUGGACGAUUUUAAAAUUGGCUUUCACGCGCAACCCAGCAUGCAGCGUUUACAUCUACAUGUAAUAUCUAAGGAUUUUGUAUCCGAUUGUCUGAAAACUAAAAAACACUGGGUUAGUUUUAAUACAGAAUUAUUUUUAUAUUACCAGGAUGCUUAUGGGUUACUGAAAUCUGGUGGAUGUAUCACACCACUUGGCAAGGAGAAGGUGCAGCAAUUAAGUAAUUGUGCGCUUAAAUGCAACCAAUGUGAAUAUGAAGCGAAAAGCGUGCCCGAUUUGAAACGACACCUCCUCGAACAUUGGACACAAAAACAGUGAACUACUUGCUGCUUAUUGACAUUUUACCAUAUUCUGAUAAAUAAAUUAUUAAAUUACAUUUUUAAAUACUUAACAUA